AGUCUUCGCGCAACCAUGGAAGUGAUCAAUGCGGUAAUCGCGGCACUCGUAUGCCUAUUUAUUGCCAACAAUAACGUAAUGUCGCGCCUGCUGGUUGAGAAUUGUGGAAUAUCAAAGGACGAUCCAUACGUUCCGAACAUUUUUGGAGGAGCCAAAACAAAUAUUCAAGAAAAUCCUUGGAUGGUGUUGGUUUGGUCGAGUAAGCCCUGCGGCGGCUCUCUUAUUGCACGGCAAUUCGUCCUGACAGCAGCGCACUGCGUAUCCUUUGAAGAUCUGUAUGUGCGCUUGGGUGAUUACGAAACACUAGAUCCCAUGCCAUACUGCCUUAACAAUCACUGUAUACCAAAGUUCUACAACAUUAGUGUGGAUAUGAAAAUUGUUCACGAAAAUUAUAAUGGCAUCACUCUCCAGAAUGAUAUAGCAUUGCUUCGUAUGUCCGAAGCUGUGGAGUACUCAGAUUAUGUUAGGCCAAUUUGCCUUCUUGUCGGCGAGCAAAUGCAAAGCAUUCCAAUGUUUACGGUUACCGGCUGGGGUGAAACAGAAUAUGGUCAAUUCAGUCGGAUCCUACUGAAUGCCACUCUAUAUAACAUGGAUAUAUCAUACUGUAACAUUAAGUUCAACAAACAGGCUGAUCGAUCGCAGAUAUGUGCUGGCAGUCAUACCAGUAACACCUGUAAGGGCGAUUCUGGAGGCCCAUUGAGCUCGAAAUUUCAUUAUGGCAACAGGCUUCUGAGUUUCCAGUACGGCUUGGUCAGCUACGGAUCCGAAAGGUGCGCGGCUAAUGUGGCAGGUGUUUACACCAAUGUAUCGUACCACAGGGAAUGGAUAUUUAAUAAAAUGGUUCAAUUCAAACCUACAGGUCAUACUACCUUUUGGUUAUCCAAGCUCGUAGGCCAAACUUGUAACAUAACAGACAUAAUAAGGAAUAUAGAACUAAUGUAUAACAGAAUUGUAUAUGAAAAUUAAUUAAUAUUCGACAAAAUGGCAGGGCAACGCAUCGAAGUUCGAAAUAUAUUAAAGUUCAAGAGAUUUAAUUAAAAAAAAAAAAUCUUGUCAUUAAUUGAAAAUAAACGAUGUCACAUUCAAAUCGAUUGUAAAAAUUGUAUUAGUAUUUUUUCUGAAUAAAUCACUUCUUAUCUCUGCCGUUUGCCGAAGAACAAGCAU